AUGUUGCUAGCAGUAUAUCGAGCAUAUGAAAGAGCUCUAGUAAAAUAUCCGUUUUUAACGCAAGCUUCAAGUGCUGGAGCAUUAGCAGCAAUGGCUGAUAUGUUAACUCAAAAUUUUGUUGAAAAACGUUGGCAAAAAGGGAACUACAAUCCGGCAAGAACAAUACGUUUUUCUGCUCUCAUUCUUUUCUGGAUUGCUCCUAUAACUUAUCGAUGGUUUUUAUUACUUGAAAAAGUGAAAGGUAAAGCAAAUUUGCUACCGUUGAAACGGAUGAUUCUUGAUCAGUCCUUAGCAGCACCGCUAUUUACGUUUAGUUUUAUCACAAAUUUGCAUAUAUUGGAAGGCAAUUCUCCACAUGAUGCAUUGGAAAAAGCAAAGAAAGAUAUUGUUCCAGUUAUGAAAACUAAUUAUAAAGCAGGAUUUCUCUUUUUUGUUUGA